GAGUACUUGUUCGAUUUUUGCAGGCGCACUUUGCAAUUGCCAUGCCAGCAACGUUCGUCAUUGAGCCAACUUCUAAAGAUGUGAAGGAGGAAGAAAAAUCAGGGCCAGCCUCGAAAGAUGAGGUUUCCGGACAGUUCAAAAUGCAAGACCUGAAAGAGGAGGACUCUGAUUACAUGGAUGAAAUGACUAUCCCUGAAAUUUCCGUGAGCGUCAGGGUGUCCAUGCCAAGAAGACGAGGACACGCUUCAAGAAUCAGUGGUAAACAUGCCCCCAUGUUUUACCUCGAGGAAGCACCCGAAGAGAAACCCGAGGUCACGGAAGACAAAUCUUCAGAAAAAGAAAAAACUGACUCAAAGCAAAACAAUGCAAAAGAUGACAUGAAAAACGAAAGCACCAAGGAUGACCUCAAGAAUGAGCGCGAGGCUGCAGCUAACCCGCCAGAUUCCACAGAACCUGAACUCAAACUAACCAAAAGAGACCUUAACUCUGUAGAUUUAGAUAAGCACCUUUCGGAAGGACCGCACAAAUCUGGAACUGCAUCAGCCCUGGUCGGAAGAAGUCUCAGCGCUGCCAACGAAAAAGCGCAAACAUCUGGAAUCGCAUCGGCCCUGGUUGGAAGAAGUCUCAGUGCUGCCAACGAAGACACGAAAACAUCUGGAAUCGCAUCAGCCCUGGUCGGAAGAAGUUUGAGCGCUGCCAACGAGGAAGUGCACACAUAUGGAUCCGCAUCAGCCCUGGUUGGUAGAAGUCUCAGUGCUGCCAACGAAGACACAAAAACAUCUGGAAUCGCAUCAGCCCUGGUCGGAAGAAGUCUCAGCGCUGCCAACGAAAAAGCGCAAACAUCUGGAAUCGCAUCGGCCCUGGUUGGAAGAAGUCUCAGCACUGCCAACGAAGAGGCGCACACAUAUGGAUCCGCAUCAGCCCUGGUCGGAAGAAGUCUCAGCGCUGCCAACGAAGAUUCGCACACAUAUGGGUCCGCAUCAGCCCUGGUUGGAAGAAGUCUCAGCGCUGCCAACGGAAAAGCGCAAACAUCUGGAAUCGCAUCGGCCCUGGUUGGAAGAAGUCUCAGCACUGCCAACGAAGAGGCGCACACAUAUGGAUCCGCAUCAGCCCUGGUCGGAAGAAGUCUCAGAGCUGCCAACGAAGAUUCGCACACAUAUGGAUCCGCAUCAGCCCUGGUCGGAAGAAGUCUCAGCGCUGCCAACAAAGAGGCGCACACAUAUGGAUCCGCAUCAGCCCUGGUUGGAAGAAGUUUGAGCGCUGCCGACGAAGAAGCGCACACACAUGGAUCCGCAUCAGCCCUGGUCGGAAGAAGUCUCAGCGCUGCCAACGAAAAAGCGCAAACAUCUGGAAUCGCAUCGGCCCUGGUUGGAAGAAGUCUCAGCGCUGCCAACGAAGAGGCGCACACAUAUGGAUCCGCAUCAGCCCUGGUCGGAAGAAGUUUGAGCGCUGCCAACGAGGAAGCGCACACAUAUGGAUCCGCAUCAGCCCUGGUCGGAAGAAGUCUCAGCGCUGCCAACGAAGAUUCGCACACACAUGGAUCCGCAUCAGCCCUGGUUGGAAGAAGUCUCAGUGCUGCCAACGAAGAAGCGCACACGUAUGGAUCCGCAUCGGCCCUGGUUGGAAGGAGUCUCAGUGCUGCCAACGAAGACACACAAACAUCUGGAAUCGCAUCGGCCCUGGUCGGAAGAAGUCUCAGUGCUGCCAACGAAGACACACAAACAUCUGGAAUCGCAUCGGCCCUGGUCGGAAGAAGUCUGAGUGCUGCCAACGAAGACACACAAACAUCUGGAAUCGCAUCGGCCUUGGUCGGAAGAAGUUUGAGCGCUGCCAACGAAGGCACACAAACAUCUGGAAUCGCAUCGGCCCUGGUCGGAAGAAGUCUCAGUGCUGCCAACGAAGACACACAAACAUCUGGAAUCGCAUCGGCCCUGGUCGGAAGAAGUCUCAGUGCUGCCAACGAAGACAGACAAACAUCUGGAAUCGCAUCGGCCCUGGUCGGAAGAAGUUUGAGCGCUGCCAACGAAGGCACACAAACAUCUGGAAUCGCAUCGGCCCUGGUCGGAAGAAGUUUGAGCGCUGCCAACGAAGACACACAAACAUAUGGAUCCGCAUCAGCCCUGGUCGAAAGAAGUUUGAGCGCUGCCAACGAAGAAGCGCACACAUAUGGAUCCGCAUCAGCCCUGGUUGGAAGAAGUCUCAGUGCUGCCAACGAAGGCACACAAUCAUCUGGAAUUGCGUCGGCCGUAGUCUAAGAAUAUUGAAAUAUGACUGACAGUGAUGGAUACAUUCCAGCAAGCGAUGAUAUUCUAUCGGGCCAAUAUGCAGCCAGAAUUCAAUGAAAAAUGGAUAGGGAUCCUCAUGAUUCCAGUAACCUUCUUUGGUAAAUAAAAAAUGUGCUCUCCUUUUUCUUUUAGAAGUUAUGUUCGUAGAAAAUACCUGUGAUAAGCAGUUACUGUAUCAAAAUCUUAGGUUUAAUACAUAUUAUAUGAUAAGUGAAUUAAGUCAAGCAUCCCUCAUAGUUUGUGGUUAUUUUUAUAUUCAAUUUGAGGAAUGCAAAUAAAUAUAAAAUCAAGUUUUAAAAUACUUACUCCCAACUAGGUAGAGUACCCUUUUUGCAGUCUUACAAAAUGUUUCCUAGUCGAAUAUGCAAUACAAACGUUUAUAUAACAUUUGGUAGUUUUUAGUAAUAUGUGUUUCGAUCUUUGGGAAUAACCACUGAAAACUUAAAGGGGAAUACGAUAGGGGAAACAAAAAUGCUCUCAAUUCAACUGCAAGACGUAUACAUUUUCAAUGAUAUGGCUUUAAAAAAUAAGUCACACUCCCUAAACUUUGAAAAUUAUCUUAUUUGAUUUUGACGUUUUAGUUACCAAAGAAUGCAACUGAUAAGGCCUGGGCCCCUCAUCCUCCCUUUUACUUUUUAUAUUUUAUGAGCAAAUGCAGCACGCAGUCCGACAACAAAUUUAAAAAAAAAACAUGAUAAAAUGUAUGUGCUUCGUUUGAGUUGAGGAACUUUUUAAAGACGCAUAAAGAAUUAAUUGGAUUUAGAACAUAAAUAUUCUUUUUCGCAA